AUGGCCACCGAAAUCCGUGUUCACAAUGAGGAGGAGAGCCAGUCGAGCAGAUUCACACGUGAAGGAAGGAAAAUCACCUAUCGCCUCAAGGUCAUCCAAGAGCCUGAGCGUGCUCGAGCAUGUGGCUCCGGAGCAAAAUCUUCCGCGGACCGUCGCCCAGUCGAUCCUCCGCCAAUCGUCCAACUAGUCGUCUACGAAGGAGAGGGCGCAGAUCAGCAAGAAAUUACAUUCCCAUACAGUGCCAACUUCUUCUUGUUCGCUACGCUCGAGAAUGCGCGGACCAUCGCUCAAGGCCGUCUACCUGCUCCGGCUAGCUUUCCUGUCCUUACUGGCACACCUGUUGCUGGCAUGGCUUAUCUAGACCGUCCUGACCCAGCCGGAUAUUUCAUCUUCCCAGACUUGUCUGUUCGCCACGAAGGCAGGUACAGGUUGAGCUUUGCCUUGUACGAGGAAUUGAAAGACCAAAAGGAUAUGGAUGUGGAUCAAUCACAGGCUAUUCAAGUGCAAGCUGCUGGUAUUGACGCACAUGUUACACACCGCUUGGAAGUCAAGUCGAAGCCGUUUACUGUGUUCAGUGCCAAGAAGUUCCCAGGUCUUGCAGAGAGUACCGCCCUGAGUCGCGAAAUCGCUGAGCAAGGUUGCCGCGUACGUAUUCGUCGCGAUGUGCGUAUGAGGAGACGCGAGGAAAAGGGCGGCGACGGGAAAGAUUACGACGAAUUCGACGCUGAUCGGAGCAGGCGCUCAAUUACUGCUGAGGUGUCGAGACCUGGAACUGCUCAUAGCCAUGACUCCUAUCACGCUAUUCAGCGUCGCCCAUCGAUGCAGGAGAUUGCUCAGGGCUGUCAACCUCCGUUCAGCCAGGCAAUGGGUCCGCCGCCAGCGCAGCCAACCCAAUAUCAGGGGGUCCCGCAGUACAGCAAUGCUCCUCCACAGCAUUACGCACCCCAGUAUGCAUCACAGCACCAACCGCCUCAAUCUAUGAUGCAACCUCCGUCAACAUCCUACUCUCCUGUACCUCCUCAGACAUAUCAGCCCCAACCACCUCCGCCGCCGCCCCAGCCGCAGCAGCUAAUAAUGCCCCAGCAAUACGGAUACAACCAAAAUCAAUCUUAUCCUCAACACGGAUAUGAGCAGCAUCCUCACUCGCGCCGCGAAAGCAUGGAGUAUCCUACCCCUACUUCAGAUUACAGCCGGCCCUCGUUCCACCAGCAGCCUCAUACACCAACGUAUCCCGCACAAAGUCCGAUGAUGCCGUCUUACAAUCACAACGAAUCAGUACAUAGACAGCCACAUCUAAUGCCCCCGUUGCAGCCUGCAGUUCCGAGCACUUCCGCUCCAGGCCCUCAUCUCAACGGGUAUGCUUUGGCGCCACUCAAAACCGACAAGGUUGACAUGUCCUCGCCUCCAUAUCAGAUGAACGGUUCAUUUUCAUCUUCCCCUCACGAUAUGCAGUACGGACAUGCAGGCAAAUAUACACCCCAGACGCCUCAUGCGGGUGCCAAACGUACUUACUCCGAUACCUUUGAUACAAAGCAUCUAAACCAGCCACUGAGACAGGGCGCGCGUCCGACUCUUGCGUCUGAGGAUUACCGGGCUGCUUACGACGACAACAGUGAUGAUGCCGAUGCUCCAGAGGCUCGUGCUAUGAGUUAUAGGCGCGCCGACGGCACAUCCAGGAGCAGACGCGUGCCCCAGUUGAUGGAUUGA